CCGUAGAAUUAUCUAUGUCAUUCCGAGCCUUGACACGAUUGUGUAACCUAUACUAACAACGUUAACACGAUGGUUUUAUCCAUGGAGCGAUGGGUUGGCAAAGUAGCCAUAGUGACAGGCGCCAGUUCUGGAAUAGGAGCGGGCAUUGCAGACGCCCUUGUAGAACAGGGUUUAAUCGUAGUAGGGGUAGCACGACGCGUCGAACUCAUACAAGAGCGUGCUAAACAACUCUCAGGAAAGAAAGGCAAACUCCAUGCCGUUAAAGCCGACCUAUCCAAAGAAGAAGAAAUUUUGAAAGUUUUCGAAUGGACUACCCAAAAUCUGGGGCCUGUGCACAUCCUCAUCAACAACGCUGGGAUCGUAAUAUAUGGAACCUUAACAGAAGGUAAAACCGAAGACUGGAAAAAAACUUUUGAUUUGGCUGUCAUUGGACUAUGCAUCGCAACGAGGGAAGCAGUGAAAAUUAUGAAGGCUAAUCAGAUCAAUGGUCAUAUUGUACACAUUAAUGCUCUUUUGGGACACAAAGUGUUGCCUAUUCCCGAUAUGAAUGUGUAUGCGGCUUCGAAAUUUGCGACUACUGCUUUGACUGAAACUUUGAGGCAAGAGUUGAAUCAUUUGGGGUUGAAGAUUAAAAUUACUAGUGUCAGUCCUGGUUUAGUGGAAAGUGGGUUAACUACUUUAAAUGAUAACCUAACUCUACAAAGAAGAGAGUUUUAUAAAACUCUGCCCUAUUUGAAAGCGGAAGAUGUGGCUAAUGCUGUGACUUACGCUUUAUCUACCCCAGAACAUGUCCAAGUUCAUGAACUUACUAUUGCCGCAGAUUAAUGGAAUUUGAAAUAUUACGUUUUUGUUACUGUUUCUGUAUACUUCAUUCUAAUAAUAAAUCACAUUUAUUAUU